GGCCAUGUUGGGAGCUUCAGGGCGCUUUCGGUGCGGGGUGUGCUGAGGGAGUCUGCGCGGGGAGACUUGUCGCUGGGGGAUCGGCGGAAGAUCGGGCUCGAAGCGGGAGGAGUAGAGCGCCUACUACGACUCUGAGCUGGGCUUGCUUAGUUGCUUGUGCCCGGCUUUAGAAGCGCUCGGGCAGGGGAGGAGGGGGGGGUGUCCCUGACCGAGAAGCCAGCACCAUGAGUGGGGGGACGCCCUACAUCGGGAGCAAGAUCAGCCUUAUCUCCAAGGCCGAGAUCCGCUAUGAGGGGAUCUUGUACACCAUCGAUACCGAAAACUCCACUGUGGCCCUGGCCAAGGUUCGCUCCUUUGGUACAGAAGACAGACCAACUGAUAGACCUAUACCACCUCGUGAUGAAGUCUUUGAGUAUAUUAUAUUCCGUGGCAGUGACAUUAAAGACCUAACUGUCUGUGAGCCACCAAAGCCUCAGUGUUCUUUGCCGCAGGACCCUGCUAUUGUUCAGUCUUCACUAGGAUCUUCAACUACAUCUUCAUUCCAAUCUGUGGGGUCCUAUGGUCCUUUUGGCAGAAUGCCGGCAUACAGUCAGUUUAGUCCAAGCCCACUGGUGGGGCAGCAGUUCGGUGCUGUUGGAGUUGCAGGAGGUUCUUUAACAUCCUUUGGAACAGACUCUUCAGCCAGUGCUAGCAUGUCACAGAGCACUGCUGUUGGUUCUGCAUUUACAACAGAUGCAAGAUCACUAAAAACACAGAUGUCUCAAGGUCGUUCAAGCCCUCAGAUAGAUCAUCUGAGAAGGAGCCCCACCAUGGAACAAGCAGUACAAACAGCUUCAGCCCACUUGCCUACUCCAGCACCAGUUGGGAGGAGGAGUCCUGUACCAGCCAGACCUUUGAUGUCUGCUGGCCAAAAAUCGUUAGAGAGUCAAGAGCACAGACGAGCUGAAGCACACAAGGUUUCAAGAUCAGAAAAUGAGCUCAGAAAUGAAAACAAACGACAAAUUGUUCCAGGUGGACCUUCAGCACGGAGAGGCCGCGGAGGUCACAGAGGGGGCCGAGGAAGAUUUAGUAUUAGAAGGGAUGGUCCAAUGAAGUUUGAGAAGGACUUCGACUUUGAAAGUGCAAAUGCACAAUUCAACAAGGAGGAAAUUGAUAGAGAAUUUCAUAAUAAACUUAAACUAAAAGAAGAUAAACUUGAGAAACCAGAGAAGCCUGUAAAUGGAGAAGACAAAGGUGACUCAGGUGUUGAUACCCAAAAUAGUGAAGGGAAUGCGGAUGAGGAAGAUCCCCUUGGACCCAACUGUUACUAUGACAAAACCAAAUCCUUCUUUGAUAACAUCUCCUGUGAUGACAAUAGAGAACGGCGACCCACCUGGGCUGAGGAAAGAAGAUUAAAUGCUGAGACCUUUGGAAUACCUCUGCGUCCCAAUCGUGGCCGUGGAGGGUUCAGAGGCAGAGGAGCGGGGAUUGGCUUCCGAGGUGGAAGAGGACGCGGAGGUGGGAGAGGUGGCUUCACUGCCCCCCGAGGAUUUCGUGGUGGAUUCAGAGGAGGUCGUGGAGGCAGGGAGUUUGCUGACUUUGAAUAUAGGAAAGACAACAAAGUUGCUGCAUAGUCUACAAGAAAGCUGAAACUGGGUGAACGUCUAGAUCUUCUUGAUCCAGAGAAUUAGUUUCAACCUCUGCAAAGAAUGAAGUUAAUUUGCUGUAUACUUGUCACCAGCACUGGGAUUUAACUAUUUAAUUUCAAAGGGGUGUAAUGCAGUUACUUUUGAAAAAUGGCCAUCUUUGAAAGCAGUGAGCAUUAAAUAUAUUUGAGACAGAAGGAUGAGUAAUUUCUUAUGUAUAGUUAAUUAUAAAGCAGUACUUCGAUGGAGUUUAAGUAUUUUUUCAUCACUGAAAGGAUUUUUCUUAUUACUAAACUGUAUUUGAUAAUUGCUUCAAGUUGUAAGGACAAUUGUAUGCAGAAGGCCGUCGAUACUGUGAGUGUUUUGAUCCACUGAAGGUUGUUUUUUGGAAAUCCUGUAAUAUCCCUUUUGAGAUAGUUGUACUUUUAUCAACUAGGGUGCUGGACAGUAGAAAACUUGCUUUGUCAGUGAAAUAUGUACACACAGUAAAUACUGUUUCUUAGGCAAAGGAAACUUUUUAUAUAGUUGUAAAAUUCCAUUAUAUCCCAUUGCCAAAGAAACAUUACAAACUUUGUAUAGCUGUAUAAAAAGCAACUAAUUUUUUAAAGAAUAAACAUUUUUAAGUCGGCAAA